AUGUGGGCGCUGUUAAAGUUAGCCGCACCUGACAUGAAUGACGAAGAUAGUGACUACGAAGACGAAUUGAUGUCGGAAUUUGAUAUAUUGCAUGCUUUGACCGGGGGUUUGAACUUGACUUAUAAUACUAGGGAUCCUGAAGAACUAUGGGAGCUGAUAACAUCAGAGGUUUCACUUUUCACUUGGGACGAUGAUGACGACACUCUCACCAGCACAGUAAAGUCUAGAAGCACGAAGAAGCUAGCUACUAAAGAAACUACACUUGUCAGACGCAGGUCAAUGACGUCGAUUCUAAUUGAAGAUACAAAAAGUCUCCAACCAUACACACUCCCAGGUAUAACUCCUGGGCAUGAGAUGAAUUUAAUUGUAACGAUGGCCAGAGAUCUGCCCUUGAAGAAACCGUUGCCAGAACCAGAUGUCCCGCUAUGGAAAACUUUCCGUUGGGUCGACUGGGCUCGUCACCACGGACUUUACGAAGCUUACGACUGCCCAAGAACAAGAUUCUUAAAAGUAAACGGUCUUUUGAAAUUAUCCCACGCUCCUCAUCUAUUGGACGUACAGAGUACAGACUCGAUCACAUAUCAAUUUAGAGAAGAAAAUGACAGAACUAAUCCUGCGACUAAGAAAGGUCUUAAAGAUCUCAACCGGUCCACUACCGGCAACUCUACUACGGCUCAACAAACAAAAGAGGAACUACGUGAAUGGAUACAAUACGACAUGAUACAAAAGCUGAUUAAACAUACUUCAAUUCUCUAUUAUCCAUCAAUGUACCAAUUCACAUCAGUAGCUAGCGCACCCCCAGUGAGAAUCACAAGAGCACCGUUAAACAAAGCAUUAGAUAUAUUGGCACCAAAAUCUGGACCACUUUACCUCCAAGUAGAUGGGCCUCAUGAAAUUAUUCUGAGAAUAUCUCUUAGUAUGCUAAGUCCCAACGUACUUUUCAACUGUGGAGUACCAAUUAUAGACCAAAUCGAACCGGCAUAUUUGUUAUUGGAAGUUUUUGAGUGGUUUAUUGAUUGUAAUAUACCAAAGACCAAAGCGUUUAUUCAAACUGGUGGCUAUGAAUCUGUUGAAGUUAGACUACGACCAGGCAGGCAUGUUUUCAGACUUUGGAUACAUUCUCGUAUGAACUGGUACGCAAUGCUGUUAAGUGAAUCAUCGUUAUUGCUAGGAACUCGCGACUUAAUCCAGUGUGCUGCUAUCAAGGAAUGUCCAUGGGCGUCUAGGUUUCUAACAAAUCUCGGUACAGCCUUCUCUAAUUGGAUAAGAGUGAAUAGAUCAUCAAUGAACAUUUCUGGGAAUGACUUAGAAUUUUACAAAUCCUAUCAACCAGACUUGGAAUGGAAUUCAGAAAUAGUUGGCUAUAACAAAACUUUAUUACAUUGGAUGUUCAGACAAGCUUUGCAAUCUUUGUUAAUUAAACGGCUCAUGCCGACCGAAUUCCGCACUGUUUGCGUCGUUUUAAGAAAAUACUUACGUGACCCUGAUUUUGGUUUCCCACCAAAACCUUUACCCACUAAAUCACUAAAAGACAUUAUCUUAACUGAUCCGUGCGACUGCAUGAUGCCUGAAGUUGAAAAUCCCGAGUAUUAUGAAGAACUCAUGGCGGAACAACAGAUUGCAGAGGAAAAGCAAUUGAUAAGUCAAUCAGUAAUGGAUCAAUUGUUGACAUCACCGAAGCCACCGAUCUCAUCGCAAGUCUGUGAAUUAGCUACUGAAGAACUACCUUGCGGUCUGUUAAAGGAGGAAAGAGAGAUAGUUGUUAGGAAACAUGAAGCCGCUAAGAUAACGGAAAAUGCUUUUGGGAAUUUGGAGGCUUUAUCAGCAUUGAUGAAUGAAUUCUUUAGAAUGUAUCCUGGAGCAAAAUAUGCAUAUUCUGUAGCAUCAGCUCUUAGCGGUGUGUAUGGUAUUCAACAACAUUCAGGAAUAUGCCCUAUAACACCAAAAUGCAAGUGGAUCCCAUAUUUUCAAGGAGUUUUUAACUGUCACGUGCCAGUCAAAGUACAUUUAGAUGUUCAAAGUUCUAUCCCACAUAGUACUGUGGCUGUAUAUAAUAAUGAUACAGGCGAACAAAUGCCUCAAGCUUAUAAUGCGCAUACAACUUUUCAUUUUGAACCUAAUGAACAUGGUUAUACAGUGAUGGGGCAUGGUACUUUAAAUAGCCCAUCUGGUAUCAACUCUGAAGGCCAUUGGCAAUUAACUAUCCUUUCGUCAAUUGCAAAUACUUUCCACGUAUGUGACAAUGAAGAUUUUUGCAAAGAGCUUCCAUUGGUAACAACCAAUAAACUGCAUAUCGAUGAAAUAUUUAUACCAAAUAGAAGAAAUAUCCUUGGUGGUAUACAAUUAUUGGUGACCAAACAUGAGGCUGUCAGUUUUAGGGCUGCGGCUACAUCACCUGAGUUGGAAAUGGUAGCUGUACUCAAAUCUAUAUCUAAAGAUGGAGAAGUAGCAGAAAUAAGAAGGUGUUCUGGAGUUGGCGAACUAUAUUGGCCGUACAUACAAUUAGAGCCUACAAUUUUGAUUCCCACUGUAUUAGGAAAAGGACGGUCCAUGUCGCAGGCCAAUUUGGCAUCGAUCAAAGAAGCCAAAAUCGUGCAAGUGGAACCUAAACAGUAUUGUAUUGAAGUAAUAGCGCCAAAUGGAUGGCCUUUGACUCUGGCCCAGUGGAAUAGAGUCAACGAAGUCCGCAAUACCCAAGACUAUAUCAAGGUUGAGGUGCCCAUGAAGAAACCAUUUAAGGAAAAGGGUGCAGCAAAGGACAAAGACAAAACCAUUCCAUCGUCAACAUACCAACCCCAGCCAGGAGAUGCUUAUAUUGAACUAGAAUGUUCCAUAUCUGGAGAUGGAGUUACUGCUAAGCGAGAUGAUGGAAGAGACGUAGAAUUUGCACUUGCUAUAAAAAAUUGGGAUGCCAGUGAACCAGGACGGAAUUUGCGGGGAGCUCAAAUAAGAAAAGAAUUCAGGGCCGAGUUCCUUGAAACACUUCCUCCGCCACCUUCUGAAAGUUCUCCAACAAUAGGAGAGGAGAUAUGUGCUGAAGAAUUAAUGGGAGAAGAUGAAAUUAUUGAAAUGUCAGCGGAAACUGAAGAAGAAGCUAAGUAUCUAACAAUGCCAGAACAGUUGAAAGAUAAAUUUAUACCCUUAUAUUUUGUACCGCUUUGUACUAAAGACGUCGAUGAAACUCAAAGGGUUAUUAUCACUCCUGAGAUGGCUGAAACAAUCAGAAUGCAUCGUCAAGAUCGAAUAAAGUUGGCCCUAGAACACAUGAGAGAAAUGCAAGAGUAUAACGAAUUGUACGUGCUUGGACGACAAAAAGAGAGAUGUCGUCUUUUGGAGAAACUAUUUGUAGAUGCACAGUGGAAUCCAGAACUAAAUGAAGUUCUAGAAGAGAGGGAUGAUGCGAUAGCACGCGAAGCACUAAGUAGAACACUGUCUGCUAGCAAGAAAAAGCAAGAGCAAAAAAAGAAG